UGCUCGUACCUACCUGGGACUGCAGGUGUUAAUUUAGGGGCCCCUAGGCACUGGUCUUAAUAGGUGCUGGGAGCAGAAACAUGAGAUUCGGGAGCCUCCUCUUUCUGGUGGCCCUCCUGGCUUUGGGAAAUCAGCUGCCGGCUGCCCUGGGCAGAAGGAAGAUCGAGAAAUUGGGGGGCUGCCCACCGGAUGACGCGCCCUGCCUCUCGGUCCCCGACCAGUGCAUGGAUGACAGCCAGUGUCCCUCCACCAUGAAAUGCUGCUCCCGGGCCUGCUUCCGCCAGUGCGUCCCCAGGGUCUCAGUAAAGCGGGGCCUCUGCCCCCAAGACCUCCUGCACUGCCUCAGCCCUGUGCAGCACCUCUGUCAGCGUGACUCUGACUGCUCCGGCUCCAAGAGGUGCUGCCUGGCCGCCUGCGGCAGAGACUGCCGCAGCCCCCUCAAAGGCUAAUUGGGUCUCCAGAUGCAAGGCUGGACCUCAGGAUGGGAUCCCCAGCAGGAAGAGAUGACUAUGGGGUC